CACUCGUUAUCAUAUAACAAGCAAGCGCGACGGCUCGACCGACGUGCUUCGCACCUACUUGUUAUAGCUAUGAUAUGGGACAGGGACGCUGCUACCUAAUCCUCAAUACAAGCCCGACAUUACAACUUCACCGCUUACCUUUCUGUUAAUGGAGCAGCAAUAGCUGGGCGAAGGAUUCGUAUUCCAUCUAGAAAAGAAUUGGACGUCGAGUAGUAUGCCGGCCUACUACUACGCGCAGAUUUCUCCGGCGGCGGCACCCCCCCAUCUAUUCAAUGGAAAGAGGUUUGCGCGUCAACACUGGGAGACUGUAGAUCAAUUUCUGCAACGCCUUCCACCAGCAACAACCGAAGGUUCUCGAGAAUUGCAAUGGAUUUGGAUCAGCAACCCCUAUGUACCUCCCCGUCAAUUUAACCUUGGCGGAAUUCCAAGUGAUGAAUGGAGCGAGAAUGUCUCCAAAAUACCAACGCUGCGUAUGCACGGAGAAUACAUGCUCAAUGAACUUGAGAUGACAAAGUUUGUCUUGGGGCAAAACCUUACUCAGCAAUCAGCGGCGAUGAUAUCCAUUGAGAGGGACAAAACCGUUGUGGCUAUACAAAAUUUGGCCAUUGCAAUGAAAAUAAUUACUGGGAAGUGGAUGCUAUUCCCGCCUGUAGAUCGAGUGAACCACAUUUGGUCGAUUGUUGCCCAUGCUGUAGCCACAGGUCAGCUGGGCCUUGGUGCAAAGGUGUCGCCGAAACUCGAUCAUCCGGAAACUGGAAGCAGACUUAUCUGCAUUUAUACCGAUGAUUUCUCUAAUAUAGAGGAUGUCAUACGAGUUUUGCGCAAACUGAGAGAGCUCGGGCUCGUUCCACGAAACGAAAGGCCGCCGAUAUACUACAAGUGCGAUGCCUACACAUACCUCGAAAUAUUCUCUGGCAACAGAUGGGAUAUUCGGCCGUCGCUAUACAGCUCGAAAGAGAUGUUGUAG